AACGCCAAAGCUUUAAAGGCCAAGAAGGAGGAGGGUAACAAAGCAUUCAAGAACAACAACUACAAAUUUGCCUACCUGCUGUAUACCGAGGCGCUGGCGAUCGAUCCCAACAACAUCAAGACCAACUCCAAACUCUACUGCAACAGAGCCACGGCAGGCGCUAAGCUGAAGAAGCUUAACGAAGCCAUCGAAGACUGUACCAGUGCAAUCAAGCUAGACGAGUCUUACAUCAAAGCCUACUUAAGAAGAGCUCAGUGCUACAUGGACACUGAGCAGUAUGAAGAGGCUGUACGGGACUAUGAAAAGGUUUACCAGACUGAAAAAACUUCAGAACACAAGCAGCUGCUAAAGACGGCACAGCUGGAGCUGAAGAAGAGCAAGAGGAAAGAUUACUACAAGGUGCUGGGCGUGGGCAAGAACGCCACCGAGGACGAGAUCAAAAAAGCGUACCGCAAGAGGGCCCUCAUGCAUCACCCAGACCGCCACAGUGCAGCAACUCCAGAGGUGCAAAAGGAGGAGGAGAAAAAGUUCAAAGAAGUGGGUGAAGCCUUCACCAUCCUCUCUGAUCCGAAGAAGAAGACCCGCUACGAUAGUGGGCAUGACCUGGAGGAUGAUGGCGGCUUCGAUGGUGGAGAUAUUGAUGCAAACAACAUCUUCAGGGCUUUCUUCGGUGGUCAUAACGGAGGAUUUAGUUUCGAUUCCAAUUCAGAUUCAGGACCCUUCUUUUUCCAGUUUGGUUAAAGUAAAAAAUAAAAUCUGAGAGGCAAAUGCAUCCUGGCAUUUAAUAAAAUUGGACCGAGUCACCUUGUGAUGCUCAUGUUCCUGAGUGUGUUGCAAUAUCUGCCCCUCGUUCUUUUCAAUAGAUUUAUAAAUUACUGAAUUGACUCCUUUUAGUCACCCCCCCCCCCCCCCACACACACACACACA